UGACGGGCGACUGUCAAUACGUCGCCCUCUCAGGAGGGUUUCUCGUUCCAUAAUGAGGCUCCUCUCACGUUUCUUUCAGAACAGCAAGGGUGCCAUAUCCCACAACCACGAGCGCGUGCCCAUCCUUCGUGUUCACGAGCCUUCAGACGAUGACGAUGACCGUGAUGCGACCGGCCGGCAAUCUGCCUUUGCAACUCCUCCUCGUCCCAGCAGUAGCAGCAGCAGCAACGAGGAGAGCGUGGUGGGCAACGUCGAGGCACUCGUUCCUCACCCGCCGUCGUCCUGUGAAACAACGGGCAAUGUCGAGAAUUUGUCGCGAUCGGUUCGUCAGGUCGCCACGGACUCGCAAGUCUACACACACAGGCGAGGCAACUUUGGCCUGCUCUUUAUCACGUUGGCCCAGCUCUGUUUCAGCAUCAUGAAUUUGCUCGUCAAGGUGCUCCACCAGACGCAGGACAUCUCGGCCUUUCAGAUCAUCGGCGUCGAGACUUUGAUCGCAUACAUGGGCAUCCAGGCGACGAUGCUCUACCUGCGUGAGCCUGAUCCCUGCAGAAGGAAGGCUGAGGAGACGAUGAAAAGGUACCUCGGACCACGAGGAACGAGAGCGCUACUCGUCUUGAGGGGCAUCUGCGGCUUCUUGAGUACAUUGGGUCUCUAUCUCGGCCUCAAGGUCCUGAGCCUCGGUGAUGCGACGACGAUCUUCUUUCUCUCGCCAUUGACGACCGCCAUUCUCGCCCACGUCUUUCUUCACGAGCCUCUGCGCCUCACCGAGGUUGGCUGCGGGCUAUUCAGCCUCGUCGGUGUUGUCCUCAUCGCCCGACCGGACGCCUUGCUCGGUGACGACACGCCCAGGGAGCGCAAAGAUUGGGAGCAUGCCACAGCUUCGCAGCGCAUCGAGGCUGUCCUAUUUCUCCUCAUGGCUGUCGUAACGACGAGCACCGCCUUUAUCACGAUCCGAAAGCUGGGAAGGGAGACUACGUGGCACAACAUCAACUAUUUUUCCCUGUUUUCGUGGGUGUGCGCCUUUGCUUCGAUGCCCCUGCUUGGCGUCGAGUGGGUGUGGCCCGACAGCACGGCAUCCGUCACACUCCUGCUCCUCAUUGGCGUAUUCAGCCUGGCUGCUCAGAUCCUUCAGACGCUGGGAUUGCAGCACGAGAGGGCAGGGCGAGCAGCGGCGCUGACGUAUUCGCAGCUCAUUUUUGCCUAUGUGUGGCAAGUCACGAUCCUCGGUGACGGCGUCGAGCUGAUGAGUGUGUACGGCACCAUGAUCAUCAUCACCGCGGCCGUCGCAGUCACGUAUUUCGGUCCUCUGCCCUUCUUCCAGAUGACCGACUCGCCGAGCGUCGAUCUCUUGUCCCGGCUCGCCUGGCCUGGCCUGGCCUGGCCUGGCCUGGCAGCCUCGCUAGUCUAAACUAACUGUAAAGGAGAGAAGAGAAAAGAAAAGUGAAAAAAGAA